UAGUGGGCGUGGUGAGGCGAUUGCUGGUAUAUAUCCAGUUUGUACGGGGACUGAAGGUGUGGCGGAGCGCUUUUUCCGGUUCAGGCAAAAAUCAAGGGGAACUUCUUGUUGUCAUCAUGGCCUCUUUAUGGGAUGACUUGGACAGUCUUGUGAACUCUCCCUCCUCUUUCUCAGCAAAGACCGGAGAGAGAGGAACCAUCAAGCCCAAAACAAACUUUGAUGCCGGAGACGAUGCUGUGGCACUGAGGAAGGCCAUUGAAGGACUUGGGACCAAAGAAAAGAUUGUGAUUGACAUUUUGACCCACAGAAGUAGCGCUCAGAGGCAGCUCAUCUGUAAGGCUUAUCAAGAAGCCACUGGCAGAACAUUAGUGGAGGACCUGAAAGGGGACACCCACGGUGACUUUGAGGACCUGCUAGUGGCACUCGUCACCCCUCCUGCAGUGUACGACUGCCAUGAAGUGAUGCGAGCCAUGAAAGGAGCUGGGACAAAAGAUAGCGUCUUGAUUGAAAUCUUUGCCUCCAGAUCCAAUGAACAAAUCAAAGCACUCAAUGAUGUCUAUGUGCAAGAAACAGAGAAGAAGCUGAGCUUUGAUCUGAAGAAGGAAGUUUCUGGAGACUUUUCCAAAGCACUUCUCCUCCUUGCUGAGGGCAACAGGGAUGAGAACACCACAGUAGAUACUGAGAAGGCAAAAGAAGAUGCCAAGGCCCUUUAUGAUGCUGGGGAGAAGAAGUGGGGCACAGAUGAAUCUAAAUUUAUUGACAUUCUCUGCCAAAGAAGCAUAUCUCAACUGAGACAAACUCUUGUUGAAUAUCAGAACAUCAGCGGAAAAACUUUGCAACAAAGCAUUGAAGGAGAGAUGUCAGGGGAGCUGGAGGAACUGCUGGUGGCUAUCGUGAAAUGUGUGAAGAGUGUGCCAGCCUACUUUGCGGAACGCCUGUAUGAGAGCAUGAAGGGUGUUGGAACAGACGAAUCAACUCUGAACCGGGUCAUGGUGAGUCGGUCUGAGAUCGAUCUGCUGGACAUCAGAGCCGAGUUCAAGAAACUCUACGAGUACUCGCUGCACUCUGCCAUCGAGUCAGACGUGGGGGGCGACCACGGGGACUGUAUGAAGGCCAUCUGUGGAGGAGAUGACUAACUAACACCUGACGUCUACCUGUGCCAGAAGCCAGAAGAAAUCCGCUUCCUCCUGAACUCCCACUGUAGGCCCUUUGCCGUUUUCUGAUACUGAACUCUCAUCUUCGGUCUACUAACUGAUAAUUUGUUUACAGUCUUAGAGCAGCAGGCAGCUUUGAAAGAUAGACGACACAUCAAAGAUUGAUUUUAAACAUGAAAACCUUAUCUGAAGUUUUAAUAGAAAAUUCUGUUUUGUUACAGUCUGAUUGCGGAGGGAAUUAUGAAAAGACUCUGCUUAAAAUCUGUGGAGGAGAUGACGAAUCUUAGCAUCGACAUGUUAUGCUUUCACCGUGUCUUGAUUUUCAUUUCUGUCAAUUUUCAGCAGCAGCAGAAGUACAUUUACAUGAGACUCCUUAUUUGGGUAUUUCCAUUUUAUGCUACUUUAUACUUCCAGUUCACUAUACCUCAGUGAGAAAUAAAAUAAUAAUAGAAUAAACUUUUCAUUUUACUGAACUUAUUUAAGACUUUUUUACUUUUCAAAUUAAGAUUUGAUUUACAGAACAUAUGAUCAGUUGAUUAAAUCCAGAUCAGAUCAGAUCCAGAACUACUGAACUACUGAACUACUGGUAUAGCA